AUGGAACUUUUGCCGGACUUCUCCUUCAAGGUCAAAACUACCCUCACACCCAGGUCUACAGGAAACCAUAGUUUCAGCUUUGCAUCCGUCGGACCUGGGCGCAUGUUCAUCAAUGGACAGAUCUUCAUCGACAACUGGGAUUGGACGCAAGAGGGCGAAGCAAUGUUCUCUGCUUCCGAGGAUGUGCUGAAGUCGAUCUAUCUUGAACAGGGCAAGCCAGUCGAGAUACUGAUUGAGAGCACUAAUGAAGUGCGUCCUGCAUCAAAGGUAUCCGUGAUUGGCCGUCGUCACGAUUACGGCGGUUGCCGCAUCGGUUAUCAGGAAGAGGAUAAGAUUGAUCGGUUACAGGAAGCUGCAGAUGCAGCACGAGAGGCUGAUGUUGCUGUUGUUGUGAUUGGUCUUGACGCUGAGUGGGAGUCGGAGGGCUAUGACAGGCAAACUAUGGACCUACCAAAGAACGGCUCUCAAGAUCGGCUUAUUGAGGCGGUUCUUGCGGCAAAUCCUCGCACAGUCAUUGUCAACCAGUCUGGAACGCCAAUUACUAUGCCUUGGGCCGACAAAGCCCCUGCAAUAUUGCAGGCGUGGUAUCAAGGUCAAGAGGCUGGCAAUGCUCUCGCGGAUGUUCUUCUCGGCAACAGUAGCCCCAGUGGGAAAUUACCAACGACCUUCCCAGUACGACUGGAAGAUAACCCGGCCUACCACAACUGGCCAGGCGAGAACCUGAAGACCGUUUAUGGCGAGGGCAUCUAUGUGGGCUACAGGCACUACGAACGUUCGAAGAUUGCGCCUCUCUUCUCCUUUGGCCAUGGGCUUACGUACACGACAUUUGAAUACGGAACACCAAUUGCCAGCAGCAACAUACUUUCCGAAUACGAAGAUAUUGAGAUAAGAGUGCCAGUCAAGAAUAUCGGCUCGUUUGCUGCCCACGAGAUUGUGCAAGCAUACGUCAAAGAUGUCAAGUCGACUCUCCCAAGACCAGAGAAGGAACUCCAAGCGUUUGGUAAGGUGUUUCUGCAGCCUGGAGAGUCCCAGCAUGUCCUUUUGAAGUUGAACAAACACUCGGUCGGAUACUUCGACACAAGUCUUGGUCAGACAGGCGCAUGGAUUGCAGAGGAGGGUGCAUUCGACGUAUUAAUUGGCGCAAGCAGUGCAGACAUUCGGGCAAUAGUGAGCUUUGAAGUGAAGGAGUCUUUCCAGUGGAUUUUCUAG